AUGACAGUACAAACAGAUAAAGCGGCUGGUCUUAAAUCUCGCCAGUUAUCUCGAGACAAGCUCUGCUCUGCAGUACAAACCAUGAAAGAACAAGACAUCACAACCCUUUUACGCCAGCCCAGAGUUGGAAAUAACUCGAGAAACAGUAGCAAUAUUGUAUUUGGAGACUCAAUGGAGUCUGGCGAAAAAUAUACUUGCAAAUCUAUAAACUAUGAGCAGGAACGCAAAAGAAUAAAUAGAGAAAAGCUGGAGCAGCGCAUAUCUUUAAAGCAAAACCGAAUGACUGAAUUGGAAACUCAGCGAUGGAACCAAAUGGCGGCUGAUUAUUCUAAAAGUCAAAAUCUGCUCAAAUCAAAAGGUAUCAAAACCAAGAUUGGUGCUCAAAGUGUACACUACAAUUUAAUCACACACGAAUACCACGAUUCUGCCGGAGGACGCCAACAGGCAGCUAAGGAUGCUCAAGAUAUGAAUUAUGUUGCUGUUCGAUCUGCAAGGUUGUAUCUUAAAAAUAAUACAUUCAAUCCACUUAUGUGCUCAGAUAUUCCAAAAGCAGCAAACCUCAAUCAAGAAUCACAAGAAAAAACAAGUCUUGCUGAAAGUAUUGGAAAGAAUGCAUCUGGAAAUACUGCUGAUAAACACCUCACAGCAUCAUCACUGCCUAAUAUUCGCAACAUCUCAAACAAUCAUUUUAAUUCAGGAAAAAGUGAUCAAAACAAGCAGAUAAACUUGAAUGGGCUAGAGCCACAUAGCAUUCAAACUCCCAAUCCUCCCCAGUUUGGACGACGAUCAUACCGUAUUAUACAAAGUGCCGGUGCAUCCAAAAAUUUAACUACACCAAAGCAUCUGUUGUCCAUUGUGACCAAUACUGCUCAACUUUUUAAAGAUCGCACGGCUCAUGGUGAGGGUGGAAGUGUAGUAAAGGGUGUGCCGAUAUACAAUGUGUUGGGAGUUGAGCAAUCUUCAUGGGCAAGAAACUACUAA